CACCCCACUCCACACACGCACACACAGCCCUCACCCACACCCCUCCCUUUCCCACACCCACACACCUCCACACCAUGUUCGUGCUGCUUGUGGGCGACUUCCACAUCCCGCACAGGGCCUUUGACAUCCACCCGAAGUUCCGUGAGCUUCUGGUGCCCGGCAAGAUCCAGCACGUCAUCUCGACGGGCAACCUCACAUCGCGCGACACAUACGACUACCUCCGGCAUCUGGCAUCAGACGUGACGGUGGUCAAGGGCGAGUUUGACGACAACGCGUCGUUUCCGGACCACAAGGUCGUCACCGUCGGCAACUUUAACAUCGGCGUUGUCCACGGUCACGCGGUCGUGCCUUGGGGGACCAUGAGGCGCUUGCCGCCCUGCAGCGCAAGCUCGACGUCGACAUCCUUGUCUCCGGCCACACCCACGAGCAUGAGGCCUGGGAGUACGAGGGCGCCCUGUUCAUCAACCCGGGCUCGGUCACCGGUGCGUACUCGCCCAUCACCGACGAGGUCACCCCCUCGUUUGUCCUCAUGAACCUCUCCGGCUCGACCGCCACCUGCUACAUCUACCAGAUCGUCGACGACAAGGUCAAGAUCGACCGCGUCAUCCACCGCAAGGACGGCGCCGCCGACGAUGAUGACGACGACGACGAGUACGACGAGUAUGACGAGGACGAUGACGACGCCGAGGACGAUGACGACGACGACGACGACGACGACGAUGACGACGACGCCGAGGAGGAGGACGCUGAUGACGAGUAAAGCUCACUCUUGACCA